AAUUCACUGUGUAGUCUCAGGGUUAUCCUCCUACCUCUGCCUCCUGAGUUCUUGGAUAAAAGGCGUGUGCCACCACACCUGGCAGCUUUUGCCCUGUGCUUUUAACGAUAUACUUAGUGAUCAGUAUGGUAAAGCGGGCUGUUAUACUGAGAUUGGUUAAACAUUAGCAACAUCCACACUGUCUGUUAAAAUGUCUGUAUAUUGAGGUUUUAAAGUUUUUUUUUUAAAAGUAUCCAUUUGAGAGAGAGGGCGAAAAUAGCGUGCUAGGGCCUUAGCCACUGCAAAUCAUCUCCAGGGGCAUGUACCACCUUGUAUAUCUUGGCUUAGGUGGGUACUGGGGAAUCAAACCUGGGUCUUCGCAAGCAAGCACCGUACCUGCUAAGCCAUGUCUCCAGCCCUAUAUUGAGGUUUUAAAAGCUGUGUAACAGUUGCCAAAACAAAGGGGAUUUGGUGAUGGAGGCUUUAUUGGAAGGAAUACAAAAUCGGGGCCAUGAAGGGGGAUUUCUGACAUCCUGUGAAGCAGAACUACAAGAGCUCAUGAAACAGAUUGACAUAAUGGUGGCUCAUAAAAAAUCUGAGUGGGAAGGGCAGACACAAGCUCUAGAAACAUGCUUGGACAUCCGUGAUCGUGAACUCAAGGCUCUGAGGAGUCAGUUGGAUAUGAAACACAAAGAGGUUGGAAUGCUACAUCAGCAGAUAGAAGAACAUGAAAAAGUCAAGCAAGAAAUGGCGGUGGAGUACAAACAAGAGUUAAAGAAGCUACAGGAAGAAUUGGGCAGACUGAAGAGAAGCUAUGAAAGGCUGCAGAAAAAACAAAUAAGAGAAUGCAGAGGAACUACUAAAAGCCACAGGGAGGACCGGUCUGAAAUUGAGAGGUUAACUGGAAAAAUAGAGGAAUUUCGUCAGAAAUCACUGGAUUGGGAGAAGCAACGUCUGAUUUACCAGCAACAGGUGUCUUCUUUGGAAGCACAGAGGAAGGCUCUGGCAGAACAAUCAGAGAUCAUUCAGGCUCAGCUUGCCAAUCGGAAACAGAAACUAGAGUCUGUGGAGCUUUCCAGCCAGUCAGAAAUUCAGCACCUGAGCAGUAAACUUGAGCGGGCCAAGGACACCAUCUGUGCCAAUGAGCUGGAAAUAGAACGCCUUAACAUGAGGGUCAAUGACCUGGUUGGGACCAAUAUGACUAUUCUGCAGGAGCAGCGACAGAAAGAAGAAAAGUUGAGGGAAUCUGAAAAACUACUAGAGGCUCUGCAGGAAGAAAAGAGAGAGCUAAAGGCAAGUCUUCAGUCUCAAGAAAGUUUUAUUCAUGAGGCUAAAAUGCAAAAGGAGAAACUACAAGCAAAAUUAAAGGCUACUGACACUCAACACUCAGUAGAAACCCUAAGGCUGCAGGAAGUCUCCCAGGCAGAAAGGAAGUACUCUUCUCAAGGGCAGGGCAUCUUAAACCAUGUGCUUUCUGAACUGGAUUUCACCCAUACAAGUGAAGAGCUUCUGCAGGCAGAGGUGACUCGUCUUGAAGGCAGUUUAGAAUCUGUAAGUGCAACAUGUAAACAGCUGAGCCAGGAACUCAUGGAAAAGUACGAAGAACUGAAGAAGAUGGAAGGACACAACAACGAGUACAGGGCCGAGAUUAAGAAGUUGAAAGAACAGAUUUUGCAGGCUGAACAAACUUACAGCUCUGCACUAGAAGGAAUGAAGGUGGAAAUCUCCCAGCUAACUCGGGAGUUACAUCAGCGAGACAUCACUAUUGCUUCUGCCAAGUGUUCUUCCUCAGACAUGGAAAAGCAGCUGAAAGCAGAGAUGCAAAAGGCAGAGGAAAAAGCAGUGGAGCAUAAGGAGAUUUUAACUGAGCUGGAAACACUCAAGUUAGAAAAUCGUCGUCUCUCUGAAACAGUGAUGAAAUUGGAAUUGGGUUUACAUGAGGCAAAAGAGAUUUCAGUAGCAGACCUUCAGGAGAAUUAUAUUGAGGCAUUAAAUAAAUUAGUGUCUGAAAAUCAACAGCUACAGAAAGAUUUGAUGGAUACCAAAUCUCAGCUGGAGAUUGCCACCCACAUGUGCAAAAAAAAAGAUGACAGGAUCUUUAAACCAACACACACCAGAACAACUGAGUUCAAGAAUACAGAGUUUAAGCCAACCCAUGGCCAGCGCAGACAUGGUGGAAUAAAGAACGAACACUGCAAAGCAGGUCUGCACUCUCUGCGAGGACAAGCGUCGGAUAGCAUAGACCCCUUGAGCAGGAGCCACAGCCCCCCGAGUGCUCACAUCAGUCCUGGCAGCUCCACCGUCUCCUUGCCUUCCCACUUUCUGUGUCAGACUCACUGCUUGCCUUCAGUGCUAGAUAGAAAUGCCAGUUUUUCUGACAUGUCUGACAGUAUGGACCAAGAAGAAUUUGUGCCUUCGUGCUCCAUGCCUGUUUCUCCCCUGGGUUCCAUAGCUACAAGGUUUUUGGAGGAGGAGGAGCUGAGGUCUCAUCAUAUUCUAGAGCGGCUGGAUGCGCAUAUCGAAGAACUGAAGAGAGAAAGUGAAAAGACAGUGAGGCAGUUCACAGCCCUCCUUUAGCACUGCACAGCCACAGACUUAGACCUAGAGGUCACACUGAGGAGUCACUGUCACCUGAAGGAGCAGCUUUUUAAAAACAUGAACACAGGAAAUUCUAAAGAUGAUGUCUACUAAAGCAGUGGGAAAGAAAUCUGAAAAGCUAGUACCUGGAUGUUUUCACUGGUUUGUUUGAAGGACUUCUUCCAGCAAUAACUUGUGAGAAUAAACCACUUUGCAGACUUUUCUUCUGUGAAUAUUUAUUAUACCAAAGCCCUGCUUUCUUGGGUUGACUUAAAUGUGAAUAGCUGUGUACUGAUUAAAUAAAGCUUUUCUGAUGCACAUUGGAAA